AGAAAACAACAUUUCAUACAACUGAAACCAUGGCUGUUCUCAAUUUCAACUCUAGCCAUCUUUUAGUAUUCUCUCUUGUUUUUAUGUCUCUUGCACUUUACAGUGCUGAUGCUACUCCUUGCGGUUCAACAAAUGAUCAGAAGCCAGGUCCACCGACGAAUUACGGGUAUGGAAGAAAGUUGAGAGAAUAUGUUGCUCCAAAACCUGAUAGCAAGUCGCCAUAUGUUGCCUUGCCAAAACCAUCACCAAAACCAGAGCCUUACUCAAUAAAAUCACUUACCUACUCUACCCAGGGUAUUCAAGGAUACAUUUACUGCAAGUCAGGAGCAAAAUUGACCCCCCUUGAAGGUGCUGUUGCCAGGGUGACCUGUAUAGCUACAGAUCCAUAUGACAAUAAAGCUCCAUUCUCAACCCUAAGUCCUGAAACAGAUGGCAAGGGUUACUUCUUAGCUAAAUUGCCUCUAAAGGUUAAAGGAAGCUUGAAGCUAAUCAAGUGCAAGACAUUCCUCUACAGUUCCCCAUCAGAAACUUGCAAUAUUCCUAUCGUCAUAGCGAAGGGUGAUUAUCAAGUUCCCAGUGCAUGUAAAGUCGUUCCUGAGUCGAAGAUGAACUUGUGUUCGGUAGGUCCUUACGCUUACACCACCCCCACCAUGUAUAAACGCGCCGACCACAGCCGCCAUUACUAGAAAGUAAAUGGAAGACAGGGAGAGUGAUUUUAUAUCCUUGAUUAAAAUGUUUGGGUGUUCGUUGAAUAUGCUGUUUACUUUUGGUUUUGAUGUUCUUCUUUUUCCCCGUUGAUGAUCAAAAUUAAAUGAUAUCAUUGAUGUUAAUGUGUUACAAGGGAUAACCAAGCUUCCCAUGAUUA